CCGCGCUCAUCUGUUUGGCUGGCAAAUACCUCCGGUGUAACAGGCCGAUCAUUAUGGGGGACCCAGGACCCCGAGGCGGGAUGGACCCUGACCGACCGACCGCUGCGCAGAGCUCACUGAGGCGGUUUAUACCGGGAUAAAAACAUUUUCUGCGUUCAAUAACAAACAGCCAGUCAGUGAGCUGCAGAGGAGGCGGUGUUUGCUGGGAUUCAAUCAGAGCUGGAGUCGCGGAUGGUAGGUUAACUAGGAGAGAGGGACGUGAGGAAUCUGAGAAGACAGCAGUUUACAAUCUGACUGGAUCCAGCUCGACAUUGCGAGAAUGAUGGAUAAAUUGUCGAUUACAAGCCGGUCCGGUCAGCCCAACCCUGUCGGAGCAGGGUGGGUUCAUCCGGAGUGAAAUCAGUCGGCUCUUAUCUGUUGGCUUCUCCUCCGCCGGGCGGCGAUGUCCGCUUUCUGCCUCGACCUGCAGACGUCUGCCGUGGUUUCAGCACCACUGGAGCUGGACAGCGACUGCAUGGAGCCCCGGGCCAGCCCCGCCGCUCAGGAGCCCGGCGGCUUUCAGGGUCAUCCGCUGCGGCACGCCGGCUCCGGAGGCCUCGGCAUGGCCUUGGAGGAAGAGCUGGCCAUGCUUGCCGGGGAGCGGGAUGACGAGGAGGGGCUGCCGGACCUAGAGACGCCUGCGGUGGGGCAUAACGCAGACUUGCUGUCGCUCUUCCGUCAAAAGGAAAAAGACUUGGUUUUAGCUGCUAAACUCGGCAAAGCGCUGCUGGAGAGAAACCAAGACUUAACCAAGCAAUAUGAGAAAAUGCACAAAGAUCUCAACGAGAAAUUAGAGCACUUGGAGCAGGAGAAGCAUGAGUUGCGUCGGCGUCUGGAAAGUCGAGAGGGGGAGUGGGAGGGCCGUGUGGCUGAGCUGGAGACGGACGUCCAGCAGCUGCAGGGCGAGCUGGAGCGCCAUCAGGUCCAGCUGAGGGAGGCUGACAGAGACAAGACCAAGGCCAUCGGCGAACUCUCAGAACAGAAUCAUAGACUGCUGGAGCAACUCAGCAGGGCUGCAGAGGUGGAGAGGCAGCUGUCCACUCAGGUCCAUUCAUUACGGGAUGACUUCAGGGAGAAGAGUAUGUCGACAAGCCAGCACAUGACACGACUAGAAACUCUACAGGCUGAGCAAGGGCUAGAAAUUAAGAUGCUGUCGGAGAGGAAGAUGGAGCUGGAGCGUCGGGUACAUGCCAUGCUGGAGGAGAAUGAGCUGCUGCAAAAUACAGUGGAAGAUCUCCGAGAGAGGACGCUGGUGUUGGAGAGGCAGUCUCACGAGAAGGACCUACAGUUACGGCAGAGCCAGCUGGAGCUUCAGGAAGUUCAGGUGUCCCACAGGCAGCUGACUGCUCGGCUUGAGGAGCUAUCGGAGGAGCACAGCCUCCAUAGCCUCACCCCGCACCCAUCCAGCCUGCUGUGUGAGAUAGAACAGAGCAUGGAGCAGGAGGAGCAGGAGCAGGAGAGAGAGCAGCUGCGUCUUCAGCUAUGGGAAGCCUACUGCGAAGUUCGAUCGCUCUGCUCCCAUCUCCGGGGAAACGACGUCACAGACUCAGCGCUGUCCACUGACUCUUCCAUGGACGAGUCCUCUGAGACGUCCUCAGCCAAGGAUGUGCCUACUGGGAGCCUCCACACCAGCCUGCUAGAGCUACGGAGGCUCACACAGAAUCUGCUAGAUGGCAACGAGUCCACGGGCUCGCGCCGCAGUGACGAGGAGGCUCUGGAGGAGCAGUUGAGAAAGCUGGGAGAGGAGCUGAGAGAAGUCAGAGAGCUGCACGAAGCCGAGCAGGACAAAACACGCAGCAAUGAAGACGAGAUGCUACAGCUGCACAAUCAGAUGGCACUGCUCUCUGUAGAGAUGUGCUCUCUCCGGGAGGAUAACGAGCGGAUGAGGACGAUGUCUGAAGUCCGAGAACCCAGCGAGCAGCUCCAGACUGCUAUCAGAGACAGAGACGACGCCAUAGCCAAGAAGAAAGCGGUGGAGAUGGAACUGGCCAAGUGUAAAAUAGACAUCAUGUCUCUGAAUAGCCAGCUCCUGGAUGCCAUCCAGCAGAAGCUCAACCUGUCGCAGCAGCUGGAGGCCUGGCAGGAUGAUAUGCACAGAGUGAUUGACCAGCAGUUGAUGGACAAGUACCAGGACGAGUGGCGCUCGGCUCCUACCUCCCUGUCAGGGUCAUCGCGGGCCCACGGCGGCCAGUCAUCCAGACGAGCUCACCGCAUCUCCGACCGGGACAAGAGACUUUUCUCUUUUUUCAAAAAGAACUGAGCCCCCAUUGGACUGGUCCUGAGCACAGCAGACAGACAGACAGACAAGGUGAGGGAGAAGGAGGGAGGAACAUCACAGUAUAGGGGUAACAACACAGCCAAAGAUGGGCAGUGGCACACACUGAGGUUUGUGGGGGGAGGGGGAGGGGGGGGGUCAUUUUGCACUUUAUCUGUCCCAUUACUCUUCUCCGUGCUGAUUAAUUGGUGACUGCUGACAGUGAGAAAUAGAAAUAUAAGAAUAAGACUUCCCCAGAGGCUUUGGCUUCAGCCCCUCUUACAGAAAGCUAUCGGUCUUUCAGAGACAUGAACAGGGUCACAAAGUUUACCUCCAAAGAGGAAGGUUUCCUUGUAGUGCCUACGACCAUCUCUACUAGCCCACUGCCAACUCUGUAGAGAGGGAACACUAUGUACAAACUCUUACUGUAUGCAUCCCACUUAUCAGGCCAAGGAGUCUGGGGAAAGACAGGUGGCUGUAUGGGACUCUGCAGGAUUGUGGGACUGAGUUAUAUGUCAGAAUAUGACCCAGCCCACAUGUGAUCUCUCAGGUUUAUUCAUUUGUUCAGGGGAUGUUCACGACAUGAGGCAACAGGGAGAUGUAUCAGGACUAUAGUGUGCUGUGUAUCUGACAAAAAGAUUGCUUAUUUUCUUAUUGACGAAGAUUUAGCAUGGUAUAAUGCCCCGGGCCCAAACUUCCAAUCAGAGUGAGAAAAAGAAAACCUUUAAACAGGUACUUAAAGAUUUAAUAUUGCACUUUCAUAAAGUUUUGGGACUGAUUAUAGACAUAUUUAAGCUGCACUAAUCAAUAUUUUUUAUAUAAACAAUGUAUGAUGUGAAAGGGGUCACUCAUAGCCAAACCUGACUUCACAUGUUCCCCUCAGCUCUACGGAGCAUUUCAGCCUUUUUUUAAAAUUUAUUUUAGCUCAUUAUUAUGAUUGUACAGUCAUCAUUCUUACUCUUUUAGUUCAAUCAAUCAACCAAUCAAUCAAUCAAUCAAUUGAUGGCAUGUGAUAUGAUAUGAAUACAAUUAUAGUGAAAUGUAAGUCAACCCUGUUUUUAGCAGCAGGUAGUUGUUGUCAUCAAAAAGCUCUGAUGCAAUGAGUGUCCUCUACUGUGCUCUAAUGGCAGACAGACAUGGUUAGCAUCCAGCGGGUAAACAUAGCGGAGAAUUUAGCAGCUACAGAUACUUCUAACAUUUCCGCCAGGAGUUAUAUUGAGAUUAAAACAGCUAGACGAAGAGUGAAUAUGGUGGGUGGCUAAAAACACAAGUGCUGCUCAAAGUGUGAAAAACUGUUGGCUAACAUUUGCUAAAUAACUUUAAAGGGUGAUUAUAUGUAUAUUGUUUACAGCUAGUUCCAUUAGCCCCCAAAAUUAUGCAGCUUUAAACAACUUAUUAAAUUCAAAGUAAGCCAAGAUAUACCAACUUUUAGCUUCUAAUAUCAAAUAAAAAACACUGGCUCCUACAUUUCCCACAAUGCAGCCAAUACUUUUUUCAAUAGACCCGUCCUGCCUAGCAAAUGUCAUCAUCCUUUAUAUUCUACGAGCUCAGUUUUUAGCACUGGUUUUCUGUUAUAAAUUUGUAGAUGAGAUAACCCUGAUGACAUCAUCAGGGGUAAAUUUCUGAGACUAAAGAUAGCUCCACGGAGAGCCACAAGACAUUUAACAACUGGUUUUACACGCUUUAGAAAAUUCCCAUGACUAGUAAACUGACUUUUCUGAGUGAAAUCAGUGGAAUCCCCCUUAAAACUCCUGUUUGUAAUGACACAUACCAUCAUUGUUAUGUUUCAUGUUUCACACUGAAGUAAAGCAAAAUCAAGCUUGAGCAGGGCAAGAGGAUCCUUAAACUGAGUUAGCGAGUGUUUAAAAAACAGCACUUUUUAGUAGGGCUUGUGGGCUUGUGGUGAACUCUAUGACGCCUUCAUGCUCAUCUCCAGCAUCUGAAUAAACCUUUGGGUGACUGAAGUUGUUAUCGUUUGUCCUGGUGGUAUAAUUUUCCACAGUUAACGUUAUAUUUGACAUUUAAAAUAUGUAUCAUUUGUCAAAGAAAAAGGCACUGUCCGACAUUGUCCUCAUGAUGUCAAUCAUCUUCCUAGUUGACCAAAUUUUAAAAAAAUGUUUACAUCAGCUUGAGAAGGAGGAAGAGCUACGUAGAAUGCUUAUCGAUCAAUCCAGCUCACAAUUACCUGUUGAAUUUCCUAUCAUUAUAAGGCAUGUCGGUGUACAGACACCUCCACUAAACUUCCUCUGCAGCGGACCACAAAGGGUGCAAAAUUAACUUUUAUGUCCACCAGCCAAACAGCUAGUGAAUGUUCACAUUUUACCAGCCACUCAAUAGAUAACCAUAGUUUUUUUGUUUUGCUUUUUUGGCUAGUGAGUGAAACAAAUCUCCCAGCCACUUACAUAUUCUACCAGCAUUUGGCUGGUGGAUGGUGCUUAUUUUGUACCCUGGGUCCACAUCUGAGCUGCUUUGGUUCAACACUAAUAGAAAAAGGUCUACCUCCAUUCUCAUUGCUUCAAUACUUCAUGGGCACUUUGAUUUCUUAGCUGCCGGGCUUCCUUUUUAGGUGACAUACAUAUCUGUGACUCCAUUAGUAAUACAGUAUGUGUUGACCUGAAAUCUCCGAGCAUGAAUGACUUACAGUGUGGCACAGUUAUGUCUCAUGUCUGUCUGUGUUUGAACUCAUGUUUAAUGCAACUGUGCAAACCUAUGCAGAUGUCUUCUUGUCAUCUCAGCUGGUUGUUGGGAAGGAUCAACCCAAAGAAUGAUUUUUAUAAAAAGUCAAAUAGGUUUGGAUGAAAUCGUUAUAUUUAUAAGAAAAAAAUGCAUACCUUUUGAAUGAAAAUCUUUUUUUAGAAAGAAAUAUACCUGUAUGUUGUUAUUUCGAGGCUAUUUUUUUCAUGUGUGUCAUCAAAGUGAGCAGGAAUUCACAUGGUGAGUUGGACAUUAUCACUCAUAUGUAUGUCUCUUUGACUGUUUGGUUGUGGCAUGUAGUAGAGCUGGCAGGAGAUUCAUGAGUAGUGAUGCGUGAUUUAACAGGAAGACCCCAAGAAGCCUCAUGAAUCUCAAUUAUUAAUCUAAGAGUGCCCCCUGAAUUCCAAACGUAGUUGACAAUUUUUGGUACAACUCCCUGAUAAGUCACCCUUUAUAAACAGUUUAGAAACUUUAAUUAAUCUGUAUUUUAAUCGUUAAUAAAUUGUAGAUGAGAAAAUCAAUACCACCCUCAUGUCUACAGCCAGUAACCAGUUAGCUUAGCUCAGUACAAAGACGGGUAAGAGGGGCAAACGGCUAGCCAGGUAACUUUCUCAUCUAACUCUCCAUUGAAAAGCAAAUACAAGUUUUCUCCAAAAUUAUAGUUAUUAAUAAAGGGGUAUAUGUUUAAUCUGCAGUUAUGCAUGUUAAUAAAUCAUUAAUAAAAAUUUAAGACUUUCUCGUUUUCUAAUACACCAGUAGCAAAUGUUGAUAAGUCAACUGUAAAUAUAAAUGUUUACAAGCCAUUAUUUAAUGGUUCCCACAACAAGCUAGACAAAAAUAAAUGGUUCAAAUGCUCUGCAGUCCUUUUCCAGGAUGUCAGAGAUCAAGCUACUGAUUGGAUGUCUUCCUAAUGAGUUUAAGAGCUAAAACGAUUUUUUUUAUUUAACCAUGAAAGCCUCAUUGACAUAAAAAAUCGUUGGUCAUGAUGGGCAAUGAGUAACAGAGAAACAAGAUAAGAUAGGUAAAACAAAUAACUAAAAAACAAAAAUAACUAAGACCAAUUCAAAACAACAUAAAGGAAUACUUCACCUGCAAGCUUACUAUUUGUACAUGAAUUACUCGCCCCUUGUUGCCUUGAAUUUGUGAAGAAAACUGUUUUCCUUGCCUGCCUCCACAGUAACUGGGGAAUCCAAAAAAGGAAGACUCAAGUAACAGCAAAACUACAUCAAAACAUCCAUUAACAAACUCUCACACAACUACUGCAGUAUAAUCAAAGUCUCAUUUUGUUGUUGUGUGCCCAGUACUUUCCAAACAUCUGCAUUUUCUGAGAAACAUGCUGAUUUAAAACACUUCAGUACAAACAGUCUUAUGCAGGAUUCAGUAGUCUGUCUUGGCAGAGUGCAUGCAUGUGCUCAGGCUUGCUACUUGUUGGCAAAAGGUUUUAUAAAACACAUUUUAGCUAAAAAAAAAAAAAAAAAAGCAAAUUUUCCAAUGUUAGAUUUUACUGCAGAGGGCUAGAUAUUGAUUUUAAAAAAAACUCUAUAUAAAGGGUGUCUUACUAGAAAGUUCUUUCACUGCUCCUGUCUGAUCAGGAACUCUAAAAUAGAAACAUGUUCCUCCCCCAGGCUGAAAAAAUGGAAAAUGUGCAAGUGAGUGGAUUCAAACACUGAACAUUCAUAUCCAUGUGUUUAUAGUUUAGGACUCCCUUCCAGAGAUGGCAGCAAGCUUGGAUUUAACACCACUCACUCCUGCCACAACCAGAUUGUAAUUUGUCUCACUUCAUGUCACAUUUUUGUUAGAAUAACAACACAUUGUAACAUAUUUGGUUCUGUCGGCAUUAUGUUGUAAUUACUGUUUGCAUCAUGUUUGACUGUGUGUAUUGUUCAAUUCUGUCACUCCCGACACUGUAGACUGUACUGAUUCAUUUUUUAAUUUAAAGCAUUUUCAAAGUGCUGUCUGCUGCGUGUUUGUGUGGUCAACAUCCUGAUGCUGCCACUGUGGUCCGAGUGUGUGUUGCAGCAACAGACGGACAUGCCAUCAAGUGUGUUUUCUGUUGCUCGUCUCCACUUGGUCGGAUGUUGUUUUGGAAUGUAGUGCUUUUGGUGGGCUCAUUGUGCUCCCUGUGAGUGCUUCCAUUCACCACUGACUAACGGCACUGUUUCAGUUACAGAAUGCUUCAAACUAUUCAAAAUAUUUACCAUGCAAUUUUCUUAGCAUUUUGGGGAUUUUUUUGUACAAAUAAAUACUUUACAAUCUGUGUGUCUCCCCUGACUUGGCCUUGAAAUACAGAUGCUUUCCCUCUGUGAGUUUCACACUCGGGAGUGUUGUAGAUAAGCUGCUGAUGCUUCUAACUUUCUGCUGGAAUAUAAAAACACACCAUUAUCUACAGAGAAUAAAAUAAUAGCAGAUAGAGGAGACCCAACAAAAGUUUUACACAAAAGGAUUAUAUAUCUUUACCUGUAUGAUGCGGGCAAACAACAUGCAAACUGAAUGAGCUCAGAUCAUUAAUAUCACAAUGUAAGCACCCUAUCAUGAUGACCUGUUGUCAUCUCAGCUGAUUGUUGAGAUGGAUCCACACAAAGAACAUAUGUAUAAAAAGCUGAAUCGGCUCAAACAGAAUCCUAAUGACUGAUGAUCCUAACUUUUGCUCUAGCACCACCAUGAAGUCGACAUUUGUGUUUUGAGUAAAAUGUCUCAGCAGUUACUGGAUGAAUUUCCAUAAAAUGUGGUACAAAAAAACACCACUCACCUUAAGGUUGAAUUGUAAUUUGGUCAUCCUCUGUCACCAUCAGGUCACAAUUUCAGUUUGUCCAAUGCUUUGAUUUAUGACUAUAUGCUGCAAAACUGAUGACAUCCCCAUCAACCUCAGAUUGUGAUGGUAUGCUGUAAUUUUAAAGGGCCUCCAGGUGAUAUUCACAGCAUUAAUAUAGCAGGAAAACACUAUUUGUUAUGUAAAGAUACAGCUGAGUAAUUGCAUCCUGAGCAGCGAAUGAGGUCACUGUGGAUGUAUAACGAGAACCUGAUACAGUGUUGGAGGUGGAGCCCCGGGGCCUUUGAAUGCAGUGCCAGUGCCAAAAAGCUUGAUUUACGUGGUAUUAAAUUACCCUGAUCUUCUGCAUGAUGGGGCCCAUAGAGCAAAGGCAUUAGAGACUUUGGGCCAGGCGGCUAACCUUGGUUUAGUCCUCUGUAAACUUAGAUAGGAAUGAAAUGAUCUGACCAUGCAGCUCUU